UCCGCCCACUUGCUUGGUUUCUGGAUGCCGCAGGAGGAAACUAAGCAUUUAUUAAAUGAAUAAAAUUUAUUUAUGGAUUAUAAGAACUACUUCAACAAGCUGCGUGUGUCUAAUUUCCUCCACUACACCUCUCUAGUUAGGGAUCGAAUUAUUGAUUAGUCUGCUUUUGUCUCUUUGGAACUAACAAGCAACCGGAUCUACAAGUUCAGCAAGUGAUAACUACAUUCAUUGGUCACUGCACAGCUAGAAAUAGAGGAGAGAAAACAGAUAGCUAUUCCGAAGGUGCAGUCAUAAAGCAGUCAGACCUGAUGCUCUUGUCCAUCUGGUCCAAGUCCCAGGAUUGCUACUGACUGCUCUUUUGUGCUUGCCCAUAAUGAAAGCACUGAUUCUUGUCGGAGGCUAUGGCACUAGACUGCGGCCCCUCACUCUUAGCGUGCCCAAGCCUUUGGUGGAGUUUUGCAACAAGCCCAUACUCCUGCAUCAGGUGGAGGCUCUAGUGAAGGCUGGAGUCCGCCAUGUCAUCCUGGCAGUGAGCUACAUGUCUGAGCUCCUGGAGAGAGAGAUGAGGGCACAGGAGCAGAGGCUCGGAAUUAAAAUCUCUCUUUCACAUGAGAAGGAGCCUCUGGGCACAGCUGGUCCACUUGCUCUAGCACGUGAACUGCUGACUGACAGCGAGGAGCCUUUUUUUGUCCUCAACAGUGACGUAAUCUGUGACUUCCCCUUUGAGGACAUGCUUAAGUUUCACAAGAACCAUGGCAAAGAGGGAACCAUUGUUGUGACUAAAGUGGAAGAGCCCUCCAAGUAUGGCGUGGUUGUGUACGAGGCCGAAACUGGCCGCAUCCACCGCUUUGUGGAGAAGCCCCAGGUCUUUGUGUCCAACAAGAUCAACGCUGGAAUGUACAUCUUCUGUCCCUCCAUGCUACGUAGGAUCCAGCUGCGACCGACCUCCAUUGAGAAGGAGAUAUUCCCUGUCAUGGCAGAGGAGGGACACCUUUAUGCCAUGGAGCUUCAGGGGUUCUGGAUGGACAUUGGGCAGCCUAAAGACUUCCUGACGGGCAUGUGCAUGUAUCUGCAGUCACUCAGACAGCAUGCUCCUGAGAGACUCCGCACCGGACCUGGUUUCCUGGGCAACGUGCUGGUGGACCCAACGGCGGUGAUCGGAGAGAACUGCACGAUCGGGCCCAACGUGACCAUUGGCGCUGGCGUGGUGCUGGAGGACGGCGUGCGCAUCAAGCGAUGCACGGUGCUGCGUGGCGCUCACGUGCGCUCGCACGCCUGGCUGGAGUCGAGCAUCGUGGGCUGGCGCUGCUCCGUGGGCCAGUGGGUGCGGAUGGAAAAUGUGACGGUGCUCGGGGAGGACGUGAUCGUCAAUGACGAGCUCUACAUCAACGGUGCCAAUGUCCUGCCCCACAAGUCCAUCUCAGACUCCGUGCCCGAACCACGCAUCAUUAUGUAGAGACACACACACACACACACACUUCUCACCAAGCGACAAAAGUGGGCAUGUCACUCGCAAUGCUGGUGUGGGGACAGUGGAUGGGGAAACUGACCAAUAGCAAAGUGGCCGUUUGAACCACACCUGGGUGGAAUAUAUGUCAUGAGUUUUAUACAGUUUAAGAGAUUCAGUUAUGAAAAAAAUGUAUGCAAAUCAAGAAACAUUUCUGUGUUUAAAAUGAUCUAGAUAAAAGUUGGUCUAGACUAGAUGUUCCUCAUGUUUGGUCCUGUGCAUUUGAUACAGGCCUUAUUUGCCUGAUUCAGUAUGCAUCAUAGGCAGCGGUUUCCACCACUGAGAUCAUUGUGGGCACAAGCUGAUAUCACAUUGCCUUAAAGCUGAACAAACGAGAGUUGAUGGGCGUUAUACAGCUGCUUCUGCGUUCUGUCCCGGUUUUUUUGUUUGUUUUUUCUUGUCUAUUCCGAAUUGAUGAUUUGUACUGGUAUUAGUCUAUCUCGGGCAAAAUGUGUAACUGGUAAUAUUCUUAAGACAGAUUCAACUUACCAUGGCCUGUUACCGCUUCAAUGAUGUAAGCCUGAAACUCUGAUAAUGGUGCCAUUGUGUCUUUUAAAUCCACUCUGACAUGUUAUUAUGGAUCUUUGAAUGCAGCAAGAGGACACCAUUUGAAUUAAGACCAUCAACAUUGUCUCAAACCUAUAGAUUAUUUACAUGUUAUGAAUGUGACGUUUCCUUGUCUGUAGCUGGGGAACACCAGUGGUGAUACUGUGCAACUGAACAAAACUGGGAAUGGACUGUAUUAACUUUGCAGUGAAAGGCUUAUGCAGUAUGUGAGUGGAACCAAUUAAAUGUCUCAGCUCUACAGUUUUAAUGACUUUUUUAAAAACCAGAAUUAAUAUAAAUUAUACAAGCAGUCA